ACGUCAAGUGACUUUUGCCGCGAAUCUCGCGUAUGAUUUGGUCAAGUGCGAGCUAUCCUUCGUCAUACAAACCUUCGACGCGACGACAGUCUCUGUCCUUCUCCUUCAUUCUGCAACACACCUCGUUCUCGCAACCUCAACAGCAUGCGUUCGAUUGCGUUCGUUGCCGCACUUGUCAUGCCCAUCGCCGCCGUCUCCUUGGCUGCGGCGCCCACGUGCUCGGAGAAGUGGAGUCAGUGCAACGGACAAAACUGGCCGUUCGGCGUCUGCUGCAAGGACCCCACCUUUGUCUGCAACAAGAAGAACGACUAUCUCUCGCUCUGUGAGCCCAAGAAGAAGGCGGAAAUGGCUGCCGAAGCUGCGGAAAUCAACGUCUGGGGCCAGUGUGGCGGCAACGGCUUCAGCGGCAACUACCGUUGCGCAGAUGGCAGCUCGUGCAUCAAGGUCAACGACGCGUACUCGCAGUGCCAGCCGACGCCGCCGGGCGCCAACGAGAUUGCGACGUGGGGCCAGUGCGGCGGCAGCAACAACAACUUCAAGGCCAACGGCAAGACGUGCCGCAGCGUCGACACGUGCAAGGUGCACAACUCGUACUACUCACAGUGCGUCCCCAAGUAGUGUAGUAGAAUGACCCCACCAAGGAGCCUGGCCAUUUUGCAUAUCACCUACAAUAAACUUCAACUUGACUUUUCUAUCUCU